GGCGCGCAUGCGCUCCAGCGCCACCCUCUGGGUGCCCUUCUGAGAUUGGCAGGCGGUGCGAAGCCUUGCGGAGCCGAGGUCCCGGGCGGGAGCCUGGCGGCACGAUGCCCAGGGACUGGGACAAGGAUGUGUACCCCGAGCCGCCGCGCCGCACCCCGGUCGUCGAGUCGCAGACGGCCGUGCCCAACCCCCUGCACUUCAUCGUAGGCGUCUUCGACCUGUUGGUGGACAGGCCCGUCACCCUCCUGCGAGAAUUCAUCGAGCGCCAACACGCCAAAAACAAGAUCUACUACUACCACCGGCAAUUCCGCCGGGUGCCAGACAUCACGGAGUGCACCCAAGGGGACGUGCUGUGCAUCUACGAAGCCGAGAUGCAGUGGAAGAGGGACUUCAAAGUGGACCAGGAGAUCGUGAACAUCGUGCAGGAGAGGAUGAAGGCCUGCCAGCAGCGGGAAGGAGACAGCUACAUCCAGAACUGUGCCCGGGAGCUGCAGCAGUUUGAAGAGGUGGCCAAGGCCUACCAGGACCGAUAUCAGGACCUGGGCGGCUACUCUUCCGCCCGCAAGUGUCUGGCGAAGCAGAAGGAGCGGAUGAUUGCGGAGAGGAAAGCUGCCAAGGAGGCCGCUGCCUGAGCCCCUCCCACCUCCCGCCCGCCCGUCCACUCGUCCGUCCACAGGAUUCGGGGACCGGGGAGGGCACGUGCCCCCUCCUCCCCCCCAACUUCCGCCGGGGAUGUGAGCUGUGAAAUAAAGACUAUUCAUUUCA